AUGUUAAUAUCAUGCUGCACGUCGUUCGUCGUGAUAGGCAUCCCCAUCUUCGUCCUCCUCGGAAUGAGACACUUCAGGAAUCGAUCUCCAAGAUACGGGUUGGAGGUAAUGCAGAUGAAAAGGGAAUACGUCCAACUGCGCCUCCUCAGGGCAGAUCUCCAAUGUGACUGGGACGACAAGAACGCGACGUCGAUUGCGACGACGGACCCAUCGCACCUCCCUCUCGUGGAGAUCCCCUUGCAUGCCUUGGAGUUGAAGCAAAUCCUAGGGAAAGGGAACUUCGGCGAGGUUUAUUUCGCCAUUUACAAUUUCAUCCCAGAAGAAGGGAAUGACCCGGAAUCCUGUAAGGUCGCUGUGAAGUUCCCAAAGGAAGGGAACAGCGAAGAGCACAAACAGGAUAUCUACCGAGAGGCGCAGAUGCUGGCGAAAAUGCGACAUCCCAAUAUCAUCCGACUUCUUGGGAUAGUUAGGAGCCAGACGAUAGGGAUCGUCUCCGAGUUCAUGGCACUUGGUGACCUUAAUGGCUUACUCAGGAAACUAGGACCGAAAUCAAAACAUUUUGGAGUGGAGAGUGGGAGCGAGCCGCAGCUGGGUAAAUUGGGACUGGAGGACUUGGUCCAUGUUGCGAUCCAGGUUGGGUCUGGUCUCAAGUACCUCACGGAUCGACACUUCGUCCAUCGGGACCUGGCAACGAGGAAUUGCUUUGUCGGGGAGAACCUCACAGUCAAGAUCGGGGACUUCGGCUUGUCUAGGGACGUCUAUAGCUCCGACUAUUACCGGUUUGGGCACGGGAAGUCGUUGCUGCCGCUGAGGUGGAUGCCUCCCGAAAGCAUCAUGUAUCGCACUUUCAGCGUCCAAUCCGACGUCUGGUCCUUCGGAGUCGUCCUCUGGGAGAUCUUCUCGUACGGCAAACAGCCCUGGUUCGGAUGCUCAAACGACGAGGUCCUGCGGCUGGUUAUCAGCGGGCAGGUGCAGCGCUGCCCUGAGAGCUGUCCUCGAAGCGUCUACAACAUCAUGCUAGCGACGUGGAAGACCAACCCCGAGAACCGCAUACCGAUUGGGAACGCCCUCGACUUCCUCCACGAGGUGAAGAGCAACAUCAACAUUUACCUGGAGAUCCAGGCAGGCGUGGUGGAUCUUGACAUCCUGGAGCAACCCAUAUCAUGAGAAAUUGUACGAGAAUGGAGUAUUGAUGCCAUUGCAGACCAAUCCAGUUUUGGAAAUAUUUUGAUCCGUAAACUUUAUUAUUUUCUCGCUACUUGUAACUGUUGAAAUUUAUCCCCUGAAAGUGAAGCGUAAGUUGGCUAAUUUUCCUGGAAAUUCGACCUAUUCAACACAGAAUAUUAGAAAAAGGCUAAUUCUGUACUGAAAGAGUACAAAUACUUGUCAUGAGUACUGUAUUCUUCUGUGGUUAACUUUUCAUUUUGAGAUGGACAUUUGAGAAAGAAAGGAAUACCUCCAGGUUCCCCUGUGUCCCAUUAUAUUUUUCCUAUGUUGUCGUAUUUUCACAAUAAAUGAGCAUGAAUACAAAAC